CUGCUGUUUUGGAGUAGCAAAAAUAAACCAGAGCACAGCUCCCGCUCCCGAAUAAAUAGACGAUUGCGAUUCCGAUCGCGAUCCGCCUCGAGGGAGCAGGUCCCAAAUCCCAUCCCAUUGUUCUGCCUUGGCAACACCGAUACCGAAACGAUACGAGAUUGCCCGGCCAGAUCCGAAACGAAAGAGCGAUCUAAAAAUGGAGUGGACGCGCGAGAAGACGCUGCUGCUGAUCAGUGAGUACCGAUGUCGUCGCGGCCUGUGGGACAUGACGUGCGACGAGUACCGGAAGAAGGACGUGAAGCAGCGGCUCUUGAACGAAGUCAGCCAGGUGCUGGGCGGGAAUAUCCCGAUCAACGAGCUGGAGAAGAAGUUCCAUACACUACGCACGCAGUACCAUCGCGAGAUCAGUCGCAUGAAACGCAAGGAGCCCUACAAUUCCAAGUGGUUUGGUUUCAAGAACCUGGUGUUCCUCAGCUCGCCCUACGCCUGCCGUUCCACGAAGGGUCGCCUGAAGACGGAACUCCAAGGCGACGAGAGAAAGUUUGCCCUGGGCGAGGUCACUGCAGAUCACAACAGUGAUAACAGCACGCCAGCGAAUCAAAACAGCAGUAACAUGAACGAGGAGUACCUCCGCAAGAACCAUGCCAGCAGCCGGGCCCAGGAGCUGGAGAAACUUAUCGAGGAGACAACCAAAGACGUGGACGAUAUCGACGAGCCGGAACUGGAGGAAGCGGAAGUUAAGCCGAAGCACGCCAAGGAGCUAAGUGUGCGCUAUGUGAGCCUCAACGAGCAAGAGGAGACGGAAACCCUGGAGAAUCACCACCAGACGAUGAUAGACCUGCAUCACCAGGGCAAUACCGUGGAGGCUGUCAGUUUCCAGGCCAACGAGAGCGGCGAGUUGCACUACCAGUCCACUCCAGCCCAGAAUACAAGCAACAACGCAGUGCACGUGAUGCCCACGCGAAUCAUAAAGAUUCAGAGAAGGGACACGGCUGGCGGGCAGGAGGAAAGCUACUUUGAAGAGCAUACCCAGUUGCAUCCGUCGCAGGCCAAGCGCAUGUACUACGAAGCCAGUCCAGCGGCGCACAACACCAACUCCAUUCUGUCCCCUGCACUGGAAACCAAUGCCAAUGGCACGGCCAACUCGCCUGGUAUAACCAUGAGCAACCUGCGCCUGCCCAAGGUGAAUACGCCGCCCAAACCAGCCCAGGUCCAGGUCCAAACCAUCCCCAGUCCGCCCCCGCCUACUAUUGUUAGCCUGCCGCCGGCGCGCGAUGAGUUCGCCACGUACGGAGAAUACGUGGCCAACGAGAUGCGGGCCAUCAGCAAUCGGGAGGUGCUCGUCGCCCUCAAGCACCGAAUCAACACGGCCAUCUUCGAAGCCAACAUGGCCGAGAUCACUCCGAAAUAGAUUGACAAGCGAUCAUUUUAGCUAGAGCUAUUAACUACAACUUUAGGUUUAAGGCCGAAAAUGCAUUGUAUCCUCUUGUCUUUGUGCUUUUUAUAGGUCCCCCGUCACCUUUUAUUCUCAUUUGAAUUUGUACAUUUAAAAGAUAUGUAUGUAACGAUUUAAAUACUUAAGCCAAAUAUAAAAUUUAGUGGAAUUACAAAAA